AUGAGUCAAGUGUUGCAUUGCUUUGUAAUGAAGUUGGGCCUGUGUGAUGAUCUUUUUUUAAGAAGUGCUCUUGUAGAUAUGUAUGGAAAACUUAGGCUUGUUGAAGAGGCUAGGCAUGUUUUCAUUUUUAUUAAACAGAAAGACUUGGUGCUUUGGAAUACGUUAGUUUCCUGCUAUGUACUUAAUUCUUUUGAGGAUGAGGCACUGAGACUGUACAAAGUAAUGAGGUCUGAGGGGUUAACAGGUGACGAGUUUACAUUCACAAGUUUGCUUAAUUCUUGCGCUAGUUUUGGAAAUUGUCAAUUGGGCAGGGGCAUCCAUGGGACUCUAGUUAAACUUAGCUUUGAUUUGGAUGUUCUGGUGGCUAGUUCACUUGUUGAUAUGUAUGCAAAGAAUGAAAGUUUAGUUGAUGCUCGAAAGGUUUUUGAUAUGAUGAUCUCAAAAAAUGUGGUUUCUUGGAACACUAUGAUUGUUGGUUAUGGACAAUAUGGUGAUGGGGUUCAGGCUAUGAAACUUGUUAACAAAAUGUUUCAGGAAGAUUUCCAUCCGGAUGAGCUGACUUUGGCUAGCGUCUUCAUUUCAUGUGGUAUAUUAGCCAUGGUUGGUGAAAUCACACAACUUCAUGCAUAUACUGUAAAGAAUGGUUUGUCAUCUUUAACAUCAAUUGCUAAUGCAAUGAUUAGUGGAUACUCCAAGUGUGGUAGCAUUGUUUCUGCCUUGCAAGCUUUUAGGUCAAUUUUAGAGCCUGACCUUGUCUCAUGGACAUCUAUGAUUGGAGCCUAUGGAUUCCAUGGUUUUCCACAUGAAGCUACUGAACUUUUUAAGAGGAUGUUAUCUAAUGGUGUGAAGCCAGAUCGAAUUGCAUUUCUUGAGGUUCUGUCCUCCUGUGGCCAUGGUGGAUUGGUCAAUGAGGGGUUACGGUACUUUGCUCUGAUGACUGAUGUCUAUAAACUAGUUCCAGAUCCAGAGCAUUAUGCUUGUCUUGUUGAUCUUCUUGGAAGAGUUGGGCUUUUGAAGGAGGCUUUUGAUGUUUUGACCUCAAUACCAGUGGAACAUUGUUCGGAUGCUAUGGGGGCCUUCCUUGGUGCUUGUAAGGUACAUGGGAACCUAGGAUUAGCAGAAUGGGCAGCUGAAAAGCUGUUUACUUUGGAGCCAAAAAGGGCUGUAAAUUAUACUCUCCUGUCAAACAUGUAUGCUUCAAAUGGAGCCUGGUCUGAUGUAGCCACAAUUCGUAGAUUGAUGAGGGAGAUGUGUUAUCCUAAAGCUCCUGGUUGUAGCUGGAUGGAGAUUGCCGGGAAGGUAUAUUCAUUUGUCUCAGGUGACAAGUCCCACCCGCAUGCUAGAAUGGUUUAUUCCAUAUUGGGACAUCUUUAUGAGCUAAUGAAAGUAGAAGUGAAAGAAUCCACAGAGAUCUUCAAUUCGUUGUUCUUAAAUUGA